AUGAUCUAUGUAAUAGGUUAAGAACCUAUAGAAUAAAAGAUAGAAAGACAUAUUUAUACUCCUGAAAAUUGCAAUAAAAUUAGAUAUCAUAUGGAAAUCUAAGGUGGAUUUCAUAUACCAAAUUGCAUAUAUCUUGAUCAGUAAUCACUUUCAAUUAGAAUACAUUGCUUGAACUAAAUUCUAGGCGGUUAAGAAUUGAAUAUGAAAGUCUAAGCAAUUAUAAGUGAUAGAAAUAAAUCAAUUGAAGCUAAUCCUUUAAUGUAUUUUCAAAUUAUCCUAAUUUCAGAUAAAUUCAUCAAGAACACCACAGCACCUAUGUUUGCUGAACCUAUCAAAGAUUAGAUAUUAAUUGAAGGAGAAAUAUUUACUCUAUUCUUUCCAGAUAUUUUAGAUAUUGAUUAAAGUGGCUACGAAAUCGAGUAUAAAUUAGGUGUUUGCUAGUUAUUUACCAAAGUUAUAAGAAACUCACUUGAAUUCGAACCUGAAUUAGGUUAUACAGGGACCUUCGAAAUUACAGUGAUCUUAAAAGACAAGUAGAAUUCUAAUGCUAUUAAUAAAUAUACUUUUAAGGUAAAUGUUCUUCCAAAUUAAGAUUUGAAUGAAACAGAAAUCGAAAGAAUCUAGUCUAUAAAGCAAAAUGCAAAGGGCUAUCUUAAAGCAAAGAUCAAAAGAGUGACCAAUAUUGGAUAAGUAUAUAUAGUAUUUAACUGA